CGCCGGGGCUUCACAUCCCGCAUUCCGCAAGCGCAUAUCGCGCCCUUACCGCCCUGCCCGUGCAUGGAGGCUUCACCUCGCUCUCUGCACAUGCGCUACCCGCCCUGGGCCACUCAGCGCUGCCCACGCCGCUCCUGUGGGCCUCCCGCCUUCCUAACUGCGCAUGCGUACGACGCCCCCUCGCGGUGGCGCAACAGGGAGGGCGCCGCUCCCUCGCUGGGGAGACUGUGGGUUCGAGACCCGCUGCGGCCAGUCGGGGGUCGCACUGACCCCCUGUCAUGUCCCCGUGUCGCCCCCCUCAAUGUUUCACCUCGGGUGUCACCCCCCCGAGAGGCUGAAGGCUUCUCCCCCUGCCAGGCACCCACCCUGCAGACCAAGGUGUUCCAGUACCGGCUCUGGGAUGUGAACCAGAAGUCGCUGUACCUGCGGGAUGACCAACUGCUGGCCGGGCACCUGCAAGGGGCCAACGCCGCCCUGGAAGAGAAGGUGUUCUGGGUGCCCAAUCGUGCCUUCGAGCCCACCCGGCUCCCCGUCAUCCUGGGCAUCCGCAACGGCACCCGCUGCCUCGCCAGCCCCCCCAAAAACAGCACCACCCCGGCACUGCAGCUGCAGGCCGUGGACAUCCGGGAGCUGCCCCACACCGGGGAGGCCUCGGCCGCCUUCACCUUCUUCCGCUCCUACAAGGACGGGCUGUGGCGCUUCGAGUCCGCUGCCAACCCCGGCUGGUUCCUCUGCACCUCUGCCCGGGGCCACCAGCCCCUGGCGCUGUCCCGCAGCCAUGAUGCCACCCACCUGCUCGACUUCUACUUCCAGCUCUGCUGAGCCCCCCUGGCACAGCCAUGGGGACACUCCCAACUGGGAACAGGGACGUCCUCAGCCUGGGGACAGUGGCACCUCCCCCAGGAUAGUGCCAGCCCCUUGGGGAGGGUGACAUCCCCACCCAGGUUGGUGACAUCCUCACCGAGGAUGGUGCCAGCCCCCUGGCGAAGGUGACAUUCCACUGGGGAAAGUGACAUCCUCACUCCAGGGUAGGUGCCAUCCCCCCCGGAUGGUGCCAUCCCCUUCGGAAGGGUGGCAUCCUCCCCAGGAGAGUGGCAUCCUCGCCUGGGCAUGGUGCCAGCCCCAUGGGGACGGUGACAUCCUCACCCCCGGGCUGGUGCCACCACGCUCCACCACCUCCGACAGUGCCAUCCCCGCGGGGACAGCGCCGUCC